CUAGACAACUUCGUCAAUAUUGGAACAUCCCUAGUUUGUGCCUAGGCUUUAUUUAGCUUCUUACCUGGCGUGUUGUACAGGAUAGAGUGAUAUCUUAGGGUUUACUUGUGUAUAAGGAGGAGAGGAGGGUUUAUAGUAUACAUCAUGGACCCAGAGUCAUUUCUAGACCUGGCUAACCAGGUAACGAAGCUGAAGAUGUAUCCUUACUUUGACCUGGCGCACGCUGCUCUCUGCUGCUUAGCGGUCAAAGAAGACCUUUCUGUAGGAUCUCAGCCCUUUUCCAGGAAACAUCCCUUAUCUUUAUGGGCCAGCAGUAUGCUAGUUAUUUUUUCCGGUGGUAUCCUAGCAAACCUGCUCCUAGGAGAACCAGUUCUUGCUCCGCUUAAAGCAAACAACCAACUUCUACUUUCCACAGUUGUUUGGUAUUUAGUUUUCUAUUCUCCUUUUGAUGUUGGUUUCAAGUUUUUCAAGUUUCUGCCGGUUAAAAUAGUCUGCUCUGCACUCAAGGAGGUGUAUAGGGCUAAGAAGGUUCAUGAUGGAGUUACACACGCUGCUAAACUGUUCCCUAACGCCUACGUGAUUAUGAUUGCUGUUGGAGCUAUCAAGGGGAACGGAGCUGGUUUUAUCAAGGUUGGAGAAAGGUUGUUUAGAGGUGUCUGGACUCCUACUGCCAUGGAGUUCCUUGUUCCUAAUUUUUCUACCAAAGCCUCAAUGCUCGCUGCGCUCGUGUUUGUUGUUGACAAGAAGACGGAUUUAAUCUCAGCUCCUCAUGCUCUCGUUUAUUUCGGAAUUGUUCUGUUUUUCGUUUAUUUCAAGUUGUCCUCCCUUCUACUGGGAAUCACUGAUCCCUUUGUUCCAUUUGAAAACCUGUUCUGCGCUGUCUUCAUGGGAGGACUAUUCGAUGUUAUUCAGGAAACAUUCUAUGGUAAGCCCAAGACCGAAGAAAACGGCGAGGUUGCUAAGCCCAAAGCUGAAUAAAGAAACCCCAGUCCUAAAUCCAAAAUGUGUGUCUGUGAAAAUUAAAAAGAGACGUUUGAGUUUUUGAAAUGGUGCAAAGGACUACGCACAAGUUUUUCUUUUCAUUUUUCAAGAAUUGCAAUCUCUCUCUUUAUGGAGGAAACAAAGAUUAGAUGUUUGUAAAUAUUUGUGAAUAAAUUUAUUAAAAAAAUA